CGAACAAAACUGCUAGUGCGAAAGACAAAAAAGCACCAAGCAAGAUGGCCGUCAUUUGGUUUCGUUUAUAUUAAAAUUUCUUAAAACUUGUAUGUUGUACAAAAAGUUAACGUUUGCAAGUACUAUUCGUAUUGUUGUUAUUUGUUUUUUAUUUGUUGAACUUAUGGUGAUCAGUCAUUGUACUAAAAUUCAGCAACUUUCACAAUGAGCGACACUGCCAACAGUGAAGGAGCUUCUGAAUCUGAGAAGCCGGCUCAAAAUGACGGAGUGCAAUUCCCGCCCUUCCCUGAUCCUAAAGAUGAGGAUUUCGAUGAUGAUAUUGAUGAAAAUGAAAGAAAUUACUAUAAAACAAUUUUUAAAGACCUAAAUAAUGUCAAAGGAAUGAGAUUGCACUGCUCAGCUUGUGACCGUCAUUUGGGAUGCUCAACUAAAAAUGAACUGCGUAUGCGAGCUCAUCCUAUGCUCCGCACACUUGUGUGUCAGCAUUGUCACAUAUUUUACAAUAGUGGCGAAUUUGAAAAAGGGGAUGAUGGAUCAGAGCUCUACUGUAGAUGGUGUGGCCAAGGUGGCCAAGUAUAUUGUUGUUCUGAAUGCCCUCACGUCUUUUGUGCGAAAUGCAUCAAACGUAAUUUAGGUGCUCCAAAAAUCAAGGAAAUUGAAAAUCUGGAUGAUUGGAAAUGUUUUAAAUGCAACACAAAAUGUCUUUGGAAUCUACGUGCUUUGUGUUGGGCUGUUUUACGAUACUGUGAUUUAAAAAAUAAAGUUGUACAACAGACACAGGAUCCGGAAUUAAAAGAAUUAUAUAAAAAAGACUGCUCUAUAGACUAUUCAGAAUGUUGCAAGCUAAGAUCAAACAAGAGGACUCAAAAAAUUGAUUAUAACAUAAAGAAAAAGGAAAUAAAAAAGGAACCAGAAUGUAAACCUGAUUCUAAAUCUACUACAAGUAUAAUAUCAAAAGUUUCAUCCACAAUACAGGUUAAAAAAUUUGCUUCUGUAAACAUAGAAGAACCAGUGGUCAAGUCUGAGAAAAAGAUCCAAAAAAGACCAUUGAGUCCGAAACCUAAGCCAAUUUUAGUAAAGAAUCCAAUAACUAUAGCUCCUGUUAAUAAGGUAGUUACUGCUAUCAGCGCACCACCAGUUCCGAAAAAACUCAGGUUAUCAAAUCCACCAGUAGCAGGAACUCCAGUUAGACUGCUAAGUACAAAUGAGCGGAAGACAGUGGCCACAUACACCAGAAUAAGGCCAAAGUUACCCCAAUUGCCUAUACCUAUAAUAGGAAAUAGUACCUAUAAUGGUUAUAACGCCAGUAUUUAUAACCCUGUUGCUAACGAUAAUAUCAAUUUGUCUCUGGAAAGUUUAACACAGGGAUUAGAUAUGUCUGCCGUAAGUUCAGCAGCUGCUUUAUCUCUAAACUCUCAGGAUGAUGAUGUUGUCUGCACUCCAGAUUUUCCUCUGGAACCAUUAUGUGAGGUCACUGAAGAGAAUGACGACGAUGUGCAGUGCAUUACGCCUGGUCCAGUUGUUGCUCCUAAGUUUAUUAGCCCUCCUCCGUUAGUACCUCGAUCCUCCAGCUUAGCAGCCGAUAUAACGUCAGAUAAUAUUAUUCAAAUGACAGAAAAUGAUGUUACUGUAAAUGCAGCUACUGGAGGUUUGAAAUUCCGAGUUGAUCCGCAAACAUUGUCAUCAAACAAAAUGUAUCGACUACCUGAUGGACGUAUAUUUGCCAUUAAUGCUAAUCCAAAUAUGCCAGGUGGAUAUUCAGCUACUAUUGUAGCGGUAACAGAACCUGCGGGGAAAGUCGCACCAAAAGGUGCAACAUAUGCAGCUAAACUCAGCGCAGUUGCUAAUUCUAUAUCAACUCCUGCUCCUAAGCCGACUCGAGUUAGACCACGCAUUUUGAAACGUAGUACGCCCAAGUCUGUUAAGACAACUAAAUCAAUAGAAUCUACGGUUUCUGAGACAACACGUGAAUGUGAUUUAAACGUGCCUGUUGAAUGGUAUAGAUAUAACUUAAUUGAUGCAGUAGAUGCAUUGGAAUAUGCUCUCUCAAGACUUCAUAAAUUAAAAAAAGAGGCAACUACGGUUUACUUGCGCACUAGGAACGCGAGUGAAAUGCGUAAUCUUCAUAGAACUUUAGAACGGUUAUUAAACACGUCAUCUAGUCGAUUCGGAGAAAUUCGUGAUAAUCUCAAUAAAGGGCUAAAACAGUAUCUUCUGAGGAAAACAGGAGGAAGUAUAAGCGAAGAUGAUGAUGAUGUCGAGAUACUACCAGACAUGGAUGAUACUGAUGAUCCUAUAUUUAUAGAUGAAAAUUCUAUGGAUUCAAAUAUGAAUGGCAGUGAAAACCAAGAGGUGGAUUUAACAGGAGCUGGUAGCAGCGAAUGCAACGAUAGUGGAGACACUACAAAAAAUACACGCAAAAGUGAUAGUGAUUCACUAAUAUGUGAAAAUGUUGAAAGCCAUGAACAUUUUGUGUCAGAGGAAACUACUGAUACUAGUUUCCCCAAUAAUACUUUGAACAUUGUUACUAUAAGAGAGAGUGACACUGAAAUAGUUGGUGAAAACAAUACUGCUGUAAAUGGAAAUGAUAAUGAAAAUUGUGAUAGUGAAAAUAAAACUCAGGAUGAACAGAUGGAAACUACAGAAAAGAAGCCAUUUAUUAAAGAAGAGUUACUUAAGGAAAAUGAUAACGAAGGAAAUAAGAAUUCUACUGAUGAUACUGAUCAUGACAACAAUGUUUAUGAGAAUAUUACAGAUAACAUUUUAGUUAAGAGUGAAUCUCCCAUUAGCAUCAAAAGUAAAGAAAAUGAUAAUGCUGAAGAAAUUGAAACAGUCGCAUCUGUAGAUAAAAUAGAAAAUAAUAAAAUUGAUGAAGUAAAUGGUGUGUUAAAGAGUAAAAAUAGUACUGAAAAGCAAGCUGUAGUUGAAGAUAAUGAUUAUGUGACUACAAAGGAUUUAAAUGAUAAGGCUGAUAGUCAAGAUGGUGAUGAUAAAACACAAGAUUCUGAAAUGAGUGAGGAAAAUAUUGAAACUUUGCUAAAGGAUGAUAACAUGGGGGAUGGACCUGAAUCUAAUGCAAACAGUAUGGAUGUUCAAGAGGAUUAACCAGGAGAAAGAAGAGAGGAUUAACGAGUCCAGUCCAAUGUUUACACUUAAAUCUAUCGUAUCAUGUAUGAGUCCAUCGAAAAUGGUUCUAGUUAUUAUUCUUUAAAACAAAUUGUGUAUGUUAUUAAUUCAGUAAAGCAUAAAUUUCAGAACUGGCAAUCUAUAGGUUACGGACGCCUUCAGCCCGCGUUUUUACGAUCUUUCAAAAAUUGAUGAAUUUUCAAAAUGAUUUUAGUUUGCUAUACUAUGGUUAAUAGUCAAUUCUGAAGUUAUUUUUUGACACAUUAUCUUUGAUCAUUUAAUUUUGUUUUUGUAGUUUUGUAUUAUUUGUUUUUAACUAUUACUAGCAAAACUUGUAAAUAUCAACGGGCUCUUUCAUGAUAUCAGUCCAUCCAUAUACAUAAAUUUGUCAAUCUAAUUGGUACUGUGUCACAAAGGGGUAGGUUAAAUAAUGUAGAAUUUUCUUAGCAACUUUGAACCAUGAAACAUCAGUAGAUAUUUUGUUGUUAGAAAUUCCAAGUAUGUUUUUCAUUACGUAAAAGAUGGUUGAAAAAAAACGGAUAUUUAUUUUUUAUUUAUUUGACAAAUCUUUCCAUGAUAGCACAAACAAAAAUAUACCAAACAAGAUUCAACAAUUGUUCUGUCAGACUGCAACAUUUCGGUUAACCCUGGUGGAAACUAAGGUUGGGUGGUAUGGUAUCUAGAUGAACCAUAGAUUCCCUUUAUCAGUCUUCUUUUUAUAUGGUUGAUGUACACUAUAGCAUGUACGCUAAGCUUAGCUUUAAGCAAUCGGUUGGCCUUUGACCCAGCUUAACACACCCAUGGAAAAUUCUUAGAUGUGAUGGUUCCUCAGGAUGUUUUCAAGUAUAUCAGUAGAAAAAACCCAUGCUGUGCAUAAAUGUACCAAUCUAUUAUUCCUUACCUUAGGUUCAAAGUUACAUUGGUUAUAAAAUUAAGUUCACUUGUCUACAGUGCACAAUGCUACAUCACCCUUCAUUUACAUUCCUUUAUUAUCAGUAAAAAACAAUAAUAUACUAAUCACAGUAAACUAUUUGUUUGGUAAGUCAUUUAACAGGGUAAAGAAAUUGUGUUAUUUUAAAAACGUGAUGGAUUUUUUUUUAAACUAGGAGCUUAAAUGCUAAAUUGUGUAGUAUAUACUUCACGGCAUAGUGUUCCAGUAGCGCUAUCUGUUGAAAAUUGCAUUCACCCGUAUUAGGAAUAUCCGUAUAAGUAAAAUAAUGUGACUGUUUCAUUAUUUUUAACGACCUAUUUUCGUUUAUAAUACAUAACAUCUAGAAAAUUAUCAAACAAUAAAUAAUAACGAAUAGCAGUUGAAAAGCGUUUCUGAAUUUCAGCGGGUUAACGGAUCCGUAUCUUUUAAUAUUUUAUAUUAAUCCUGCCCUACAUUAACUUAAAAGCGAUAAUAUAUAACUGAAUACAAUACAUUUUAUGAUUAACGAAUGUUGAAUCUCGUUCGGUCGUGACUAAUAUAUUAUGUUUUUGUUUAUUACUAGUAUAUAGGUGUAUACUUUUGUUAACUGGGUUCCUAAAAUAUAUAAAUUUUGAUAAUUUUGUGAUAUCUGACACACUGGGAGACUCAGUAUAUUAUUCAAUUCCAAUAAAUGACGGAAAUAUAACAAUUUAUAAUUUAGUAUUAUUUUAGUAGCUUAUGUAAAUCUUUGGUAUAUAACCCUAUUUGUGAAAUCUUUUGAUAAGAUUUGUACCUAUUUUUAAAAAUUAAAAUGCUGUAAAUAUAAAUUGGUUCUGGUUUAUUCGUGUACAAGAUGUACCGAUAUAGGUAGUUUUCGUACUUUUAGGUACAUAUUCAAAAAGAUGUUCAUAUUAUUUGCUAAUGUUAUUGUGAUAGUUGAUAGAUCGCCAUUUCUGAUCUAUCGUAAUGCUAAUUUUUUCGAGAAUUAGAAAUACAAAACUUGUAUUUCAUUA